AAUUAUCAAUACAAUUAAUGAUUUUGAAUUAUUUUUUAAUUAAAUUAAUCACACCAUUGACUGUUUUAAAUGCAAUCAUCAAUUUACAUAACAUGUGUUGAAAGAAAAGAAAAAAGAAGGUGCAGUAUCUGUACUCUGUAGUUGACAUAUGUUCCAUCGUUCUUUCCCAACACAAGACGACGUCGUUGAUGUUUCCUCACGCCCAAUUUCCACAACUCUAACCCUAAUCACUCUUCCCAACCUCCAACUCCCACUCAAAACCCUAAUCUUAAUGGCAUCUGAAAAGUUGGGGAUGGUCCCAACUCAACAAAUUCACAACGGACUCAACCAGCAUCCUCAGCUAGUUUUCCCAGAAGCUUUCGCCUGCGCCCCGCAGCCGCCGCACCGCCGUCCCGCCGCCACUGGUGAUCCCGGCCCAAAAGCCGCCACCAGAGAGCUCACUGCGUGCUUCCUAGAUCACCACCACUAUUUCCAUCCUCAGCCCCAGCAGCAGCAACAGCCGCCGCCACAGCCGUCCCAAUUCCGCCACCAAUGGAACGCCAACAGCCGUAGCUCUGGCGGCGACGCGACAGAGGAUGAUGACGCGGAAGAUGACGACGACGACGGGGAUGACGGGGACGAUGAGGAAGAGGAGGAAGUUGGGAAUAAUAUGGAGAAUAUUGUUACUGUCGCUAAAGCAUGUGGCAGUAAUCAGAAAGAUAGGUAUAGUGUUACUGUUAACAGUAAUAGUCACAAGCUGAAACACAUUUCAGCAUUAGGUUUCAAAGACGGAAACAUGAGACAGUGUGGAAAUAAAACAAAUCUUAGGAGUGAUAAAAGUGGUGAAGUUUACUACUCGCAGUAUUUGAAUGGGGCAGAGGGUCCCAGCACUUCAUCAGGGCAGAAGGAUAUUCCAACAGCGGAGAAUGGCUGUGGAUUUAGUGGAAGUAAGGAGGGGUCAUAUCUAAGUGAAUCAGGGGAUUCCUUGAGGGCUACCCUAUUGGACCCUCUAACCGGGACACUUAUGGAAGAAGCUAUGAUAUUGCCUUGUGGACAUUCCUUUGGCAGCGAUGGAAUACAACAAGUUAUUAGAAUGAAAGCUUGCUAUACAUGCUCGCAACCAGUGUCGGAGGACGUAAUUGCUCCAAACCUCUCUCUACGCCUAGCUGUUCAGGCUUUCAUUAGAGAAGAAGAAUCACAUAUUAAUUAUAUGCCGAAAAGAAGAAGAGAAAGAUAUGAUCUGCAGAAGGGGACAUUUCUUGAUUCUAUGCUCACAGAUCAGCCGAGGGGAAAAGGAGUUCAGUUCCCAUUUGCUGUUAUGGAUCGAGUUAUAAUAAAGGGUAACAAGAGAACACCUCAACGAUUUGUGGGGCGUGAGGCUAUUGUUACCACUCAGUGCUUGAAUGGAUGGUAUGUGGUGAAGACUUUGGAUAAUGCAGAAAGCGUGAAGCUUCAGUAUCGCUCGCUAGCUAAAGUCUCGGAGAGUCCAUCUUCAAAGCCAUCACCAAUCAAGACGACACCCAACUGGCUGUAGAGUUGUAUUGUGGUAACAGGCUGAUGUGUUGUAAUGUGUAUGCUCUGUUUUAAGUUAAUGUAUCUAGUUGUGUGAUUAAUAAUGGUUCAGUGUUGUUACCUUUAUUUGGGGCAUUUAUCGCAUUGAUAAUUUAUAGGGAUCA